AUGCGCUUGAUCAACGCGGAAACCCUAGAGCUGGAGGAGUUUGUAGGUGCAGCGCCACCGUUCGCCAUAUUGUCGCACACAUGGGGUCGUGAUGAGGUGACAUUUCAGGACUGGCUCGACUGGCAGCGUUCUAAAAGUCUCUGCCGCGACGGUGAGCUUGCAGUUCAUACAGAAGAAAGCACCAAGAGUUUUGAUAAGAAACACCCUCAAGGUUCCGGAUUCUGGAAGAUACUCCACUCUUGUCAUCAGGCACGUCAAGAUGGGUUAGAGUACCUCUGGUGCGACACCAACUGCAUCGACAAGUCCAGCAGCGCCGAGUUGUCCGAAGCGAUCAACUCCAUGUACUCAUGGUAUAAACGCUCAAGAGUGUGCUAUGCCUACCUCCAGGACGUCCCUCCUCCACCCGCAGAUGUGCCGAGCGGGAAUGCCUAUCUCUGCGAGGCCGACUCGCCAUUUCGACGAAGUCGUUGGUUUACUCGCGGCUGGACGGUGCAAGAGCUCGUGGGACCGCUGCACGAGAUGAAGUUUUAUGCCAACGACUGGACCUGCCUCGGGACUAAGGUGACGCUGGCGCCGCUACUGCAGGAGAUCACGGGGGUUCCAGAAAAGUUUCUGCUGCGGGAGGAGGGUAUCUCGGGCGCCGGGCUGGCGCAGAGGAUGUCGUGGUUCGCCAACAGGGUCACCUCGCGCGAGGAGGACAUUGCAUAUUGCAUGCUGGGGAUUUUCGACGUCAACAUGCCUCUGCUCUACGGUGAGGGUUCAAACGCCUUUGUGCGACUGCAGGAAGAGAUCAUCAAGAAGUCGGACGACCACAGCCUGUUCGCUUGGAAGUGGGUCGUCGAACUUACAGACCGCGCAAUGAAGAGCAGUACCACGUUGAGCUCCAGCCGUGGCGGGACAGCAGUAAUGCCACGCGCAGAAACAUUUUCAACCUCAUCCUCUACGGUUAUAGCCGUCCAAAAAGGGACAGAAACCCCCACUUUCCCUCGCAGCUUUCCCCAUUUGCGACUUGAGCAUUUACGGCGAGAGAAACUGUGGCGCAACCCCUUACGACCUAUGCUCCUUGCCCCAGAUCCGAUCUGCUUCUACGCAUCGAGGUGGAUGCCAGUAUUCGCGCCCACGGCAGAGGUCGCGCCUUUUGCCAUCAACAAUGCCGGGCUCUCAAUCACACUGCCCUUGUUGGACCAAGGAGACGACAACCUCGUCUUUGCCGUCCUGCAUGCAGACGAGAAUAUAAAGCUCGGCUGGCAGCGGGGAUGGCAGCAGCUCAAGUGCAUACCACUGGUCAGGCACACCGAAAAGACGUAUAGAUACACAAGGACCUGGUUCCCCGAGCGCUCCAUCACAAUCACCCGCCGGCGUAGCAAUACAGCCGAUGGCGGCAGAAACGUGCAGGAGAAUCGGUUCGCUGAGCCCGAGGUUAGGACUAUUCAGGUUUGCCGUGACUACCAGCAGGUCCCAUUUUACUAUCGUUCUCUUGGCUGUACUAAACUGCCUCGGGGCUUCUGGUCGUUCUUCCCAAGGAAGUACAGAAGCUGGCAGAUGGUGAGCGGGUUUGUCACCCUAGGGGGAGUGUUUAACGAGUACGGUAUUUUCUUUGGUGACGGUAGCGAAGUCAACCAAGCCGCGUUGGGAGACACGGGGGUGCUAAAGCCGUGGAAGAGCAGCGUUGCCGGUGGAAUUCUGGUUUUUUCCUGUGCGCUGAAGCCCGAUCGACGAGUGGCCGUUUUCCUCGCCGUCGAACGCCUGCUCCCUACUGGGACGCAGGCCAUCGCCCCAAGGCCCCUCUGCGCUGUCUUACAUUCUGGAAAGGGCGGCUCGAACCUCAGGGCAGCACCAAGUCAGGAGAUGUUUGACAAGUUGUGGAACGUGACGACCGAAUCACGGGAGCGCAGGAAGCUGCCGUGGGACGUUGCUGAGUGCAAAUACGCCCGGGUGAUGGUGCACAACGAGGCACCCAUGAGUCUUGCGGAUGAUUCUAGAAUCUUUUUGACCGAGAUUCUCUUCCUUUAG